ACUGUCACCUGUACGUGAAACGAACACCUGUUGCCCGGCGGGUUUUAAAAAGAGAAAAACGCUCCUGUUUCAGGCGGUUUGCAGCGCCACAAAGGAAACAAGGCCUGCUUUUAGUUUGCCAGACAGUGACCCGGUACUCCACACGGAGCAAACCGAGCCACAGGUUGGACUAAAGCGCACAUACGGAGGAUGUGUUAUUAAACGGAAGUGUCCCAGCGGCCGCAAGUAACCGAGCCACAGAUUGAACAUGCUGCAGGUUGUAUGAGUGACAGAUAUGGGGUCAGCGAGAUCAUAUUUUCAGGCUUUCACUGUGGUGGCCGGUGUUUGCCUAUUUUUGACCACUGAAGGUAUGAGGCCGGAGGUACGUGGAAAAGUUGGAGGUGUGGUGGAGCUGGAGUGUAGUUUUCCUCUAUCGGACCCAGCUGCUGUGUCCUCAGCGUCCCUGCAUGUGGUGGAAUGGGUUCGACAGGGACUCGACAUCCCUGUUCUGAUCAAAUUUGGAUCCUAUGCGCCUCGUGUCCAUCCACAAUAUGAGGGGCGGGUGUCUCUGGUCCGAAUCACCGCCCUGAGGCUGGAGGACGUGCAGCUACACGACCAGGGUUCAUAUGAGUGUCGCAUCCUCUUACUGGAUGAACCCACAGAUGAGCUGCAAAACGGCACCUGGACUGUGCUUUCUGUAACCGCUCCACCCACCUUCACUGAAGCCCCGCCUCCUGUGGUGGAAGCUCUGGUUGGAGGUCACCUCUCUCUUGCCUGUGUUGCUAAUGGCAACCCUACUCCAACCAUGACCUGGCUAAAAGAUGGCAUUGUGAUUCAAAGAAUAAAUAAGGUAUGUUUAUACAACUCUAUAUACACUACAUCCUUAUCUCUGCGAGCAGUGAGCAUGCAGUCAGCAGGACAGUACACCUGCCACGCCUCCAACUCUGAAGGAAACGUGACUCGCAUGACAAAAGUGAAGAUCAAAGGUCCGCCUGUCAUUGUUGUCCCUCCCAAAAGCACCUCUCUCAACAUGUCGCAGAAUGCACUUCUACGGUGCCAAGCGGUGGCCGACCCCCCCAACAUGACCUACGUGUGGCAGAAAGGUGGAGAAAAUGUCCAUCACAUAGAGUCUCUGAAGUCGCGAGUGAAGAUCAUGGUAGAUGGAACUCUACUCGUCUCCAGGGUCAUCCCAGAGGAUUCUGGGAACUACACAUGCAUGCCGACCAAUGGCCUGCUGACCCCGCCCACGGCCUCUGCCAACCUCACAGUGAUGCACCCGGCCCAGGCUCUCCAAAUGCCCCAGAAAACGUACCUUCCCACAGGUAUGGACGGCAUGGUCACCUGCCCAGCGGCGGCUCAGCCUCCACUGCUCCGUGUGGAUUGGAAAAAAGAUGGAGAGCCACUUGACCUGUCCUUGUACCCAGGAUGGACCUUGACCCCGGAGGGCUCUUUGUUCAUGGCCACAGUGAAUGACGAUACUCCUGGUGUGUACAUGUGUACCCCAUACAACAGCUACGGCAGCAUGGGUUCAUCUGGGCCAACGGAUGUAAUUCUACAGGACCCCCCAUCAUUCAGCGUCACUCCAGAGAAGCAGUACAAACAGGAAGCCGGUAGAACCCUGCUCAUCCCUUGUCAAGGAAACAGAGACCCAACAAUUAAAGUGACCUGGAGCAAGGUUGACUUGGCUCGUCGCACAUCUUACUCCAUAGAACCCAACGGUUCUCUGCUACUGCAGCCUCUCACUAAAGACCACCAGGGGGUGUGGGAGUGCAGUGCCACCAACCGUGUAGCGUCGGUGAAAGCCAGCACACAAGUCUUUGUCCUGGGAACCAGUCCCCAUGCGGCUACCUCUCUGUCCGUCUCUCCAGGGGUGAAGCAGGCCAACAUAUCCUGGGAGGCAGGCUUUGAUGGAGGAUCAGCACAGACAUUUUCAGUUUGGGUGAAGAAGAUUUCAGCGGGUGAUAAUGAAGGGAAGCAAGACUGGUUCUCUGUGCCCGUGCCCCCCUCGUCUGGCUUCAGCCUGCAGGUGACAGGCCUGUCCCCUGCCACCGACUACCAGUUCAGCAUCCUGUCUCACAAUAAAAUGGGCACCGGACCCUUCAGCGAGAUUGCCACUGCCCGGACAUUGGAUCCUCCACUGAGGAGAAGUAAACUGAAGCCCCCGGUGUCGCUGUCGGCUAAUCAGGGCUCAGCAGGUGUUGUUCUGCAAUGGUCUGUUCCUGAAGCUCAGCACCCUCCCAUCACAGGCUUCGUCCUCCAAUCCCGCACCGAGCAAGGGGAGUGGUUUAAUUUGGAGGAGGACAUCAGUGCCAACAGUAGCGAGAUAGUCGUUCCGGGUCUGCACAAGGACUGUGUGUACGAGCUGCGGCUGCUAUCUCGUCGCGGGGAGUUGCUGAGCGAGCCCAGUCCAUCAGUCAAUGUCUCCACCACGGGGAUGGAGAUCUACCCUGCCACAUCCCAACUCCUGGAGUUCGUCCCGGAGCCAUUACUGGCCGGCGUGCUGGGCGGGGUCGGCUUCAUGUGCUUGGCACUGGUCUUGCUGCUGGGGUCCGCCUGUGUCAUCAGCCACAAGAGGGACCAGCGCCGCAGAAAGAAGGAUGAGCCCCCUCAUGCCAUCUAUAAAUGCUCCCCAUCAAUAAAGACUUCAGGCACCGGCAGUCCAGACAGUGUGUUGAAGAAAAGCCUACUUCCAGCCAACAUCCUCUAUCCCACCACUUCCUCUACCAGCACCUCCUCCUCCUCGCAGACAGACUGUUCUUCCUUUAGCACUGAGAAUCGUCACCAGCGGAAGCAUCUAUUAUCCAACUACAGCAGAGGCCGCCUUACUAGGACAACUUCUUCUCCGAUAUCUCCUCCAAUUGAGUUGAUCUCUAGAGGUCCAGAUGGGCGCUUUAUGCUCCCACCGUAUGACAGUGAUGCACUGAGUGUAGACAGCAAGAGAAGCAUAAGGUAUGGCCGACCUGCCAGAGUGCGAAGGUCCGUGUCCCUGCACUCGGAGAGGGAAGACAGGAAAGACCCACCGUUUGUGCUCUCUGUUGAUCUCCUACCUUGCAAACCAGCAGAAGCUAAUUCCACACGCCAAAUGUAUGGCCUGCCCCAUCACGGCGCUUAUAUCUCCGAUCAGAAGGUGAGCUAUGAUGGCUCUCCUGACCUCAGCAGCAUGUGCUCAAGCAGUAGUUUGGCCACCAUUCCUCAUCAAGACAGAGAAAUAACUCUCACAUUUCCAGUGCUCCCACAUAUCCGAUCAAGCCUAGGUCAGCCGUCUACGACCGCCAGCACUCUGGUGCUCCAAAUGGAGCACGAGCGGGAGAGGGGAAACCUGAGUCACUGCCUGAAACUGGCUCAGGAGAGGGAGGAGCUGGAGAGGGAGCUCAAGAGGUACACUCUGGAAAGAAGCUCCAUGAGAGAGAUGAGGAGGGAGCAUUCAGACUUGGAGAGGAGAGAGGCCGGUGGUUGUGAGCUCUUGUGGGAAUAUAAGAGCAGCACCUUGCCGCACAGAUACCCCCAGGGCAAAAAGGAGAGAUUUGGUCUGUCACUGAGCCCUUUCUCCUCAUCCUCUGUGCAUUGGGAAGGCCCUCCUCUUGUCUCUCCUCCCGCUCUGAUCCCAACCCUCACCCGUGUUAAUGCGUCUUCACCUGCGAGUCCCUAUUGUUUUAAGUCUGGCAACCAUCAUCCUGGUCCAUCAUUCACCCAUCAGACCUCCCUCCAAUCUAAGGAGGCAGGCAGUUUUUCCAAAGACAGAUUAACUCUCCCACAUCUCUCCUCAAAGCACCAGAGACAUGAAAGGGUAGAGGCAGCACCAGAGGGCUAUGAUAAUUCACCACAAUCCACACUCUUAGAAAUGCAAACGAGUGAUUCGUGCUCUGAGGCACCGAGACAGAACAAUCUUAGUCAUGGCAGCCUUUCAAUGUUGUCUUUCCACAGCAAUAAAUAUACUGAAAGAUCUAAUUCGGCUCUCAAUGCGUUGCCAGACUCUUCAAAAGUGGAGGUAGCAUUCCCCAAGCCCGCUGAUGAAGUAGUGUGCGUGGAGAUGAGUGUGGAUGAGCCAGAGUUGGAGGUAUGUGUAAUGCGACCUACAAAGCCCAUGCUGCACCACAGAAUCGCCUCUCAUGUGCAAAAAGGGCACUCGCUGACUCACAGAGGCCGGUAUGAAGACAUGAGUAAUAGCACAAGCUUUAACUGGCGCAGUCCUGCCUCUGUGGAUGAUAUUAUCAGGGUCCCCGCUUCCUCGCAACCUUCACAACCAGAGCUCUGGAGAGCUGUGACCCAGCGCUCUAAAAGCUGGGACUCUAAGCAGCGAAGUCAGAGCCUUGACUCAAAGAGACGGAAAGAGAGCAAUUUCCUGACCCCGGAUGCGUGGAUAGACUCCCUCAGCCAAGAGAACUGCUCUGUUGCAUCUUCCUGUCGUCCAGAUUCUUUGUUCUGGGAACCCCAAACCUCUCCCACCAGGAAGGUCUCCAAAUCUCAUGCAAAUUCUCCUUCUGCCACCCAAGCUGCCUCCCGUUCCCCUCCUGCUGUGGAUUCUUUAUCUCCAAGGAGCAGUCCAGAGAGACCCACACCAAAUCCUGACGUGCCUUGCCACUACGAGCCAAGAAGAGAGGCAUCCAUCUUUCCAAAUGCUGCCAAAUGGCCAAUCGCCUAUCAGCAGGCCGUGGAAGAGGCAGAAGGUUCCUUGGAGGCCAUGAAGGAAGCUUCCAGAUGUUUACUGCCAGGAGACAAUGAUCAAGAUGCACUGGAAGUGGAGGCAGGAGGCUAUGAGGGAGUGCCAGAGUCCGGAAGCAGCUACAACAGUUAUGCCAGCAGCGGCCGAGGCAGCAUGGAGCCCGCUAACAGACGCCUGUCCCUGUGUCACCUUUCCCCAACCCUCACCAGCUCACCCGAGACUGUAGAGGAGAGCCAGGGGAGCACAGAGGACAAGCACAGUCACCAAAUGGAACCAAGCCAAAGGAGAAAGGUCUCGGUUGAUGAGAAUUAUGAGUGGGAUGCUGCUGAUUUCUGCUCACAGCCUGUAGACCAUGAUGGCCUGCUUCCUUCAUUGAAUCUACUGAAACCUGCUCGGUGCUUUAGCCUUCCCAGCAUGCAACGCCCUACUAAGGCACUGAAAAAUUGCACUCAGCUCUCUUUGCUCUCGGGGCAUCAAAGCAGCUGCUCUGCUGAGCCAGAACCAGACACCGUGCUGUUCUGACAGUGCCAGCCUUCGGCUCAUCUCACCUGGUGUGUCCUUUCACUUAUUGACUGGCAUCACAAGGCGACAAAAAGUGUAUCUGGCAGAGAGAGAGCUUUUGUCUGAUCAAUUCAAUUCCCUCUAUCAAACCAAAAAAAAAAGGCCAAAGUACAGAAUAGCCUUUUUGGUCUUGCUUGAUCUCUUUGUUAAAACUUUACUCGGUUUUCAACAAUACAGGUUCUCAGUUAAAGUAACCGAGACACAAAGUCACCUUUACCACUAUGCAGAGCUUUAAAAGUUUGUUUUGCUUUGUGACCAUCAUGCUCUUGACAUUUUUGGCCAAUCUGCACAUAUCAAAGCAUUUCACUGUGAUCAUGCAUCCACCACGUUCUCUAUGUGUAGUUUGAUAAGCAUUCAUCACCCAGGGAUGAGUUAGUGGUCACACAAGGCACAAAACGAUCUCAGUCAUAAUCAAGUGACUGGUUUACGCUGGGGAUGAAUAAGUUUUUAGAUAUCAUCAAUCACCUUUGAGUUUAACAAAAGAGGUGUUUAUGAAAUGUCAACAAAUAAGGAAGAUGAAUAUAAUAUAUAAGGUGAUUCUGCUCCACUUUUACGGUUCUGCUUUAGUUUAACACUGUUUCUAAAAGCGUCAUUUCCCAGUAGAGAUCAUUAUCUGCUUUUUUGCCCUUAAAAUACUGAGUAGAUUUUUGGAUACCAAAAAUUCAGUCAUUCAGGAUUAAAAGCCUUGGUUUUCUCCCCAGCCCGUCUGCUUGUUCACCAAAGCAAGACUUGUAAUUAUGUUCGGUAAUUGAAGAGGGUCCAGUCAACUUGGUUUGUCCUUGUUUAUUUUUUAUAUGGACAUAAAUGGAGAUUAGCUUUUAUUUUUACUUUAAUUUACCAAGGGUCAAUUCACUGAAUGAUGACAGCUUUUUUUUAUCCCAAUAACACCUGCUCCAUGCUCACACAGUUAUUCACAUUGACACUUGGGAGCCAACAGUGGUGCUGAUAAGCCCCACCAGUUGAUUGGUUUAACGCCUUGUUUGAGGGCAUGUCAACAGCAGGUAAUGAACACAUCCUCGCAGGGCUGGGCGAUAAUUAACCAUUAUUGUUUAUAGACUUACAAUCAAAGUGCAUAGUAAUGCUGUCGUUUUAUGAAAUGCUGCAGUCCAAAUUAAGAGUUAAAAGCAGAUUGAAAAUUAACAAAAUUAGCUAUUGAAGUUUUUAUAUUAUGAGUGCUCAGUCAAAUCAGUACUUAUAACAGCAAAGUUUCAGACCCAAGGUCAGUCAUUUUAGUGGUAUCCAGAUGUUCAGAGUCAAUUCAUUCAUUCAUUCAAAGUCAAUUUGUGUGGCUUUUGAUAUGGUACUCUUGUUACAGUAUAAAUGGGAGUUAUUGUAAUUAUGUUUCCAACAUGUAAAAAGUGUUCCUGUCAACAAGUUGUAAUUAUGACUGGAAGUAAUCUGAAACUUCUGUUAUAUCCAACUAGGUGUUAAAUAAGAUGGAGGUUCCUGAUUGUGUGACAUGUGUUGCUAACUAUUAUCAGUGGAAAGUAGCUAAAGCCUGUUCAAAAAGUUCCAGAUGUGUCGCUAGAUAGCAUCAUGUGCUCAUUUGCAUAUCUGAUAUAACGUCAUUAUGUAACCAUUUACUUAUCUACAAGACAUAGUUUUAAAAAAAAUAAGUCAAGCUACACUUUACUGACUAACUAACUUCAUCAUUAGCUAUUAUUAUUUUCCAAGCUGCUAUCAUCAAUAUCUCAAUAUGAACCUAAAUCUGCCUCUACUUUGAAAAGCUUUUUAUGUAGGCUGUUGUAUAGACUGAGGGUCGUUAGUAGAGAGGAUCCAGACACUGGAAUAAACACACUCCUGUACACUCUGUAUUUUUACAGAAAAUAAAACCUAAAUAUGUACCUAUGUGUAAGUACAUCCCACCCCUGCUUCCAGCAUGACCUGUUUGGCAAGUAAGCACAAAUUAAUUUUUCUAGUGUGACAGUGGAACACAGUUCACUGCAUCCAAUGUCAAUUUGAUUAUUUUAGAUGUGGUCUAUAUCCUGUAUUGUAAUGAAUAUUGAUAUACUCUAAAAGCACCAAUUUCACUAAGAUCUACUUCACAAUGUAGAUUCCUGUUAGUUCUGGGGGAUCAAACAAGCAACCUUCCAGGCACACCACCUGCCAGCACUGCCCUAAACCUGCUAAGAGAAAAUGCCCAUGCCUCAUGCUCUCUUUUCUUUGUGAACAAUCGAGGAAAAAGGAAAAUUGGGACUUUGCUUGCUGCUCUAGCUCAAGGCCUUCACAUUAGUCAACCAAAUAAUUAACUGAGAACUCCACAGUGUACCAGAGCAUUGUGGGGUAUCCAUCCUAUAAUUGAAAUUCACUCAUAGAAGCUGCAUUAACUGCAAAUCAAUGUUUCACUUCUGUAGAACAUUUUCAUUUUCUGGUGUACACAUAUUGUACCUCAAGUCCAUAAAUGAUCAAACCCUAUGUGCUGCUCUGGGGAUUUGUAGUCAGCACUACUUUUUUGCCUACGUUUUUGAAAUUGAAUCCAAAUAUUGUGCUUCCAAUACAUCAAACAGGGAAAAGUAUGUGGAGAAAUAUUUUACAUUGAGCCAUGGCGGAAUCAUACAGGAACUACUGUAUUGUUGUAUGAUGAGUGCUUUGGAGGAUUUAAACAUGAAAUGUUGUUGCAGAAAUUGUAUAGAAGAGACUACUGGCCAAUAGUAUGUAUGUGGAUAAACAGUACUUCAGAAUACAGCCGAGUGUAACAUCAUAAAGAGACGUGGACAACAGCGAGGGCUCAUAAAGCGGAUUGUUAUACUGCUACCUUUUUUCAGUUAUUGUGUGUACUUAGAGGGAUUAGCUUUAAAGCAAGCACUCUUUUAUUAUGUCCAUUAAGCAGUGAAUGAAUUAUUUGGAAAUGCCAGGAAGUAACUCUUGAAGCUAGAAACCAAUCAAGGUCUUAUGAAAUUAAAUGUCAAAAACAAAUUGAAGUGUAACCAAAUGAAGCUUGUGUUACCCCAAUACAGUUCAAACCUCGCCAUAAUUAGUGAGUAAUUCGUGUCUCUCGAGUAAAUGUCAAUAUACUAGAAACGUUAAAAUCCCAAACAAACCCAGAAUGCAUUCUCUGUGUUUUAAUCACUGUGAUUCUAGCAUUUUUCCAAAUACUGGAAAAAUCUUUUUUUAAACCACCAAAAUGAUAAAAUUAUUUCCAUUCACAUUCUAGUGUAUCUCCCAACUUUUGGCAUUUCCAAGUUGUCUUUUCCUCUGCAAGAAGAGGGAACUGAAAAUCCUGCUGAUUAUGAGCCAGACUCUAAGUGACUGAAAAAAACUGUUAAAGAUCAGAAAGUUUGACUUGCUAAGUGGAUUUUAUUAGUCCAAAUGUCACCUGCAUUCUUGUGUUUUUAAAAAUAAAUACGAUUUUCAAACAAUUUUGAAAAUUUAAAACACUGAUAACUCAUAGAUUAAAUCCGCUGAAAACAAAUCUUAGAAAAGGUCCAGUGUGUAACAUUACAUACAUUACACAUUAUAACAUCGGUUUUCAUAAGUGAAUACAGGAAUCAUUGUGUUUUUGUUACAGUAGCCCAAAAGGGAUGAACCAAACACUGUCUCUAAAUAGGGGCGUUCAUGUUUUGCAUGUUUCACAGCCACUGUAGUUUCUCCUCCGUGCUUAAAAGAGGAGUGUGAAGUGACGGAGUUGCGAUCUGCAACUACACCGCUAGAUGCCACUAAAUCCUACACAGUAGACCUUAAGUAUUUCUCGAUGAAAUAUUCAUAAAUAUUCAUGACUAAAAAUGAAACAAUGAAGUUAAAAAAAACCCUUCUGUUAUUAUCAUUAUUGUAAGUUAUUAUCUGUUAAGAGUUGAACUCUUAAUAACACUCAUCAGGUGUGUGUUUGAUUAGAUUUCACUGACAGUGAAAAAAAGCCCAGUCACAACCACCAACCGUCAUCAGAUUCUGGUGUACAGAAGGAUGAUUAACCAACUCCCAUCUAACCGAGUCCCAUCUUUUUCAAACCAGUGAGAAGAGUACAGAGAAAAGCAGUAGAAUAAUGAAAAUUUUGGUAAUUUGGCUCCCAAUAAGACGCUGAUGAGAAAAUAGGUUUUCAAGCCCUUUAAAGAGGAUUGACAAAAGUUAUUUUUGCGCUGUGCACAUAAUUUAUAAUAAUAUUAUGCGUAAAAACUGCCUUUUCUGCUCAAAAUUUUGGUUUUGCAAGCAGAAUCAAAAUGUCUUAUGUGGUUUAUAGCGUUCUCCUGUUCAAUAACAAUGUAGGUGGUCAAAAAGCCGACCAGGAUCAACAUGUCCUUUUGGUAAAAUUAAGAAAUUUCUUCUUUAUUAUUAUUGUAGUAUUUCAAGUUUCUGUUUUAUUGAAUUUGUCAGAUCUAACUUAACAAGUACAUUUUGUUUUUUUUAUAAAUUUUGUAGCUGAAAGCAAAGUGCUUGUCAAAGCGUCAGGGAUAGUUACUCCACUCUCCUCACCCUGCUCCAUUUACACAUUGUAAACCAGAGAAGCAAUCUGUGAUGGUGUACAGAUAUAAAGCUUGAUUCUGCUCUUUUGACACUGAGUGGGCAGCUGACUUCAUUGACUGAUAAAAUACUUGUCUUACAUCUAAACCAGCUUCCAAUCAAACUAAUGGUAUUAGUACUGCAGCACCAGACAACCCCCAACCCAAGAAAAUGAUCGGAGGUAAUGUCACAGUCAUCUUUUUUAAUGCUCUGCAAUUCCAUUUAUUUAGACUUUUAUAUCACUUUGACAUGAGAGAUUACAGGGUGGGACAAACACAUAUUUCUUGUCUGCGGCUGAGCAGCAGAGUUUUCACAAUGCUGAGAGUAAACAAAGAAAGCAGUAAUGAGCGUGUGCAAGUGCAGCCUGGGCAUGGGUAUUUCAACAGCUUAUUUCAAAGGCGAACACUCAUAGCAUUCACACGACAAAACAGCAAUUCAUACUGACAGGUAACAUUUUUUGUUUUCCAGUGAACGUACAUGGUUUGAAUUUAACAGCUGUAUAUUCACUGGCAUUCAGGCCUUUUUUCUUUAGCUGUCAACCACAACUGACUGGCUGUUUGUGAAGAGAGAUUUUACAUUGAAGACGUUUCAAUUUAUCCUGUUUCCUUUACUGAGCCUUUCUAUAAGUGACACAAUGACGGCUUUAUAUGAGCUUUAUAUAGAGAAGGUGCAUACAACUAGAGGUAUAAUACUAUAUGUGGUCUGUAAGCUGAUGGUUUAAAGUCAUCAGUUAUAAGUUUAUUUAAUUGCCUUUGUUCAUGGAGCAGGCUAUGUACUGUAUGUAGUCCAGUAUGCUUAACACAAACUUGUGACUAUUGAAGUUUUAAUGCAUAACAUUUCUGUCCUGGUUAAUUUAGUGACAUAUGUGGUUACUGUGGUAACAGCAAGUGCAGUUACAGAAUGGAAUCUUCCUAAGUCCCGCCUCAUUUUGCUCUCUGCUGCAAUAAGAGUUGAGCAAGCCUCGGUCAACCUUCUCAUUUCCCAUGUACAUAUUAAGUUAGCUAAUGUUAGCAAAAUGCUAGCUAGCUAAUCUACAUAAGUUAUUAGACAAAUAAGAUCGGUGGCUAGUUAGCUAGCAUUUUGCUUACAUUAGCUAACCAAUGACGUGAAUAUAGCCUAUGUAUCUCGCUUUUAUCUUUUAAUCAUCUUUUAAAGUUUCUACAUUUUCUAGAUAGACGAGCCUAGCGGAUAGCAUAAGUGCAGGAAAGGAGAAAGCUUACUGUGGUUUCAAAAGGGACUUAUGAAAGACACACACUCCAAAGGUCUUUGUUGGAAAUAGUUGAUACGGCUGUAGUGAGUGAACAGUAAACUGUGAGGUUUAUAUCCAUUAUUUAAAAUGAAAAAAUAGCAAUACUGGAUUACAUACAUGUAUUAUUUCCUGUGAAUGGUUCAUGCAUGUGAAAGCAAUUCAAAUGGUGGACUCCGCCACUAACAAUCAAAACCAAUUAAUUAGAGAGGAAAUAACAAAAUCUAAAAACAUUCAAUGGCUUUUACUAAAACAAUUCUUACUCUAAAUGGUAUCAAAAACAGUUUUAUUUCACAAAAAUCUGAAGGAUUAUAACUUCAGGAAAAGUUCAGAAAGUCAUGUUGUUUUAAGUCAUUUGAAGUCAAACUCUCCUAGAAUGUAAAUUUGUUCCAUUAUCUUAAGUCAUUCGCUCAUGACCACCUGAAAGCACGAUUACUGACAGAAGUGUUCUUCAGUCGUUUCACCUUGAGGCCAAAGCAUGCGCUCACUUAAAAACUGACAAUCUGUACUUUUCUAUUCAAUAGAAACUUGGUGUGACAAGCAAGUUAGAUGAAUUUACAACUCUCGUUCAUUCAGCUAAAACUCAGAAAUUAGUCACAAUGAAAAUCCACACUCAUUUAAUUAUGACUCCUGCUGUGACCAACAGGAAAUUGACAGAAAUUGCAAUAGUGAAUCAGAUAAGUUAUUUAACAAGCAGAAAGGCCAAAUUCACACCUUAUCAAAUAUUAGGAUUUUCUGGUUUGGUACUGUUGAGUAAAACAAACAAUCCUAUAUGGGGGUGUUUUUCACUGUGUUUCUAUACUAUAUUCAAGCUUUAACAUUCUACUGAAAGAAAAUGUUGAUAGAUUUUGGUCAUUAAAUUAUGAAUUGCAGCUCCAACUGUCCGUUUAUGAGAGAUUUAGGAUCUCUAACAAAGACUGAAAAAAAGCAAAAAAACCCAAAUUGCUACACUGUGGGAUGCAUGAAACAUCACAUUGUGAGGGCUUACUACAACAUAGAAAAUGUAAUACAUGAAAUGCGCAUGAUCGGUGUCAAGCUGCAGUGCAGUGACAUAUUUAUAUUGUGUUCCACUGUGAUAAGGGCGUUUAUGUUUCAUUUAACCUUGCAGACAUAAUUAUUUUUCUGUUUUUUCCAUCGUCAAGUGGACUGCAGCAGGUAUUUUAUUUUGCAUGACAGAAAGAAUGAGGAUGGCAAUUAGUGCUUGUUGCCGAGGAUAAGCUGCGACUAUUAUCUCCUGCCAAGUGUAAAAUUAGUGCGAUUAUCAGCAAUAUUACCACAGAAAUAUGGUCGGACGUGGAUAAUUUAAAGAUUGAAACCUAAAUGGGAGUUUUUCAAUCAGUCUAUCUGCACAUCCAGCAUUCAGUCUGAGAGGCGAGAAUUCACAACAUGUCAGCGAAGUUAAUUACCUCACCGAAAGCCUCCCAGCAGAGUGUAGAAUAAUAGCAUCAGGGAGAGAAUGACUUUUCUUCUGUUGUAUUGGUUUUAUAGUGCAGCAAAAUCUUUCUUAACCCCUAUUUCACUUUAAUUAGGUGUUUGCCCAAGAGACGUACUUUUUGAAAAACAUCUGUGUUCUUGUUAUCCCAAGGGCAAAAACCUUGCAGUAAGUGUUUCUUAUUCUCUCAUUGAUUACAGAACGUGUUCAUCCAGCAUUGAUGACCUUAUUAUAAUUGAUGGUUUAGUGUGUCCAUGAGAAUACACUUGCAACAAACACAAUUGAACCCAAUUUCUCAUAACGCCUGUUGACAUUGUGCAGCACUUUUGAGGUUUUUUCUUUUUGAGCAAUGUAUUUGACUGAUUUCAAACAGCUCUAUUUUCAUUAAUUAAUUAAAGGUAAAACCUUUAAGCUAUGGAAAGGGAGACUCAUUAUUAAAAACAUAAUGACAUAUACAGAUUAAUAUUAUUAAAAUCAAAUAUAUAUUUGUGUGUAUUGUUGUGUACUGCUUUUGUAAAUUAAUUUACUUUGUUCUCACUGUUUUUUCAGUUUUUAAUUAGUUUUUGUGAACUUUCUCAAACUUGCAGCCAAGGUUGCAAUAAUGUUUACAACAAUGACAAUAUAAUGACACAGAAGAGCACAUCAAGAUGGAAACAUAUGUCAAUUAUCUUGCAUGUUUUGUCAUUAGUAGUGAGGAAUUAUAGUUUUAAAAUACUGUCUUACUUUUGUCAUGUUUUUUUAACAUAAAGUUAUGUUUUUUAAUGUCACAUUUAUAGAUUUUUUUUUUAAUUGAAAGAGAACUGUACAUGUAUUAGGUUUUGUGUUUUUGUGUGUCAUGUAAAACUUCAGACAGUUGUUGAAUAAAAACUGCUUAUAUGCAAUCCCUGAAUCAGGGUUUCCAUUGUUUCAAAUAAAGAUGCAUCAUUGUAAAAUGUUUCAAUAAUUCAUGUACAGUGAAAUAAGCUUCUUUGCAUAUCUGUAAACUCCAUUGGUCUUUCACUGCCUCUUCAAACUUAUAAUCUAUUUUUCCUAUGUAAAUCAUAGUUUAAAGCGAAACAGGGCAGCACUGUAUGCAAUUCAUUUUUCUAUUAAUA